AUUUCCCUUUUAUAUUAUUGUGUUAUACAAAAUUCUAAAAUACUUUUAAAUUCAAGAAAUCAAAAAUGUAGUUUUGCGAAAAAUUCUAUUGUUUUUAAUUACCUUUUGUUAAUUCCCCAUUUUAUUGUCAAUUUUGUUUGUUAGAGAUAAACCUGAACAUACUUUUUUAGAAUUUGUUAAUUUCCUAUAUAUUAAUUAUUUUAAAAGAAUGAGAUUUUUUUAUGGGCAAUUUUCUCAAACAGUCAUUUUUAAGUUUUUGUCACAAUAUAGCACUUAAAAAUAAAAUGACCAAAAUAAACUUUUUUUUUUAUUUUGAAAAUUUUAAUAUUUAUUUUUUUAUUUUUAAAAAUUUGAACUCAUCCCCAAAACCCAACCCCUUAACUCUAAAUCAUAAGUCUUAGAUUAGUUAAACCUAAGGGUAUAAAUGCAUAUUUACCCUUCACUAAAACCUCUUUUGAUCAUUUUUCUCCUUGUGAAUCUAUUUUUGUGAAAAUAAACUAAAAUUGUUAUCUAAGGGAAUUUCUCUUUUUUUAUUGUAAGAAAAAAAUUCUUUACAAACAUAUAUAUAUAUAUAUAUUGAUUUGAUCUUGGAUAAAUAUCAUGGCGAACAAAUAAUAUAAAAUUAUUUGAGAUAACUGUACUAAGAUUUCUUAAAGAUUUUAAAACAUCUAAUUAUCAGAUUUACAGAUUUUCCUAGAGAAAAAAAUGGAAAACUUUUAAAAACAGAGAAAGGAAAAUAGUGGGACGCUUGGUUCCCAAGUAAGUUAAAAAGGAAGAGUUUCGAAACAUAACAGUACCCAAUUAGGAGUCUGAGCUCUUUAGCCUGUACUCUCUCUUUAUAAAAUCACAUGAGAUUAAUCUCUAAUAAUUCUCAUCCUCUCCUCUUUCGUUUGCUUUGAGACCCUAAACUAUGUCGAAAAAGAGAGAGAAAAACACAGAGAGUAUGUAUUACGAUGAUCAUCUUGCGGCUGCGGAGAAAGAGAUAAGCUCGAGAAAUUUCUGUACCUUGGUUGAUGCCGCCGUCCUGUUAUAUGAAGAAGAAGCAGAAGCAGACCGUCUAUUAAAAUCGGGGACUCUGUCUGAAAAGGAAGAAGACAUAGAGUAUGUAUUUUUCAAUGCCUUCCCAAGGAAAAGAAGGAGCCCGUCGAAGAAAUUUCUCCGGUCACAAAGCCAUGAAACCCUUAAUGAAGCUUCUACUUCUUCAUCGCUUUUCGACCUUAACAAGACCCCAGAUGAUUCUGAGGCAGAUGCCCCAGCGAACCCUCUUCAAUGUUUUUAUGUAUCUUCUCCUCAAUCGUCUCUCACUGCUCAUCCUCCUUCUUCAACUCUAACAGAGAAGACAAACCGCAAGAGACGUGCCCUGCAAGAAAAGCGUAUUAGUGGUGGUAAAUCCAAGAAAGUUAGGGUUCCUCCUUUUUCAUGGAAAGGUAGAGCUACUCCGGAGUGGCUGGUCAGUUUACUGGAAGCAAUGGCAGCAACGAGAGGACACCUUGUAACCGAAGGCCCGUGGCUCAUCUUUGAGAAGAAGCUGACUAGUACAGAUGUCGACCCAGCACAGAGCCGUCUCUUAUUGCCUUUCAACAGCUUAAUCCGUAACGACUUCUUGACUCCCGUGGAGUUGAGAAUCGUAGCAGAGCAUCAAGAUGAAAAGAACGGAGUUGGGGCGAUGCUAGUGGAUCAACACAAGAAAAAGUGGGGUUUGAUUUUGAUGAGGAGGGAGAUGAUGAAAGGAGCAUGGAAUGGAACCUUGAACUAUGCUUUGAUCUGUGGGUGGAACGAUGUCGUUCAGGGUAAUGGUUUGAAAGAAGAUGACGACGUCAGUGUUUGGUAUUUCAGGUGGCGCGAACGUCUCUGCUUUGCCCUUGUUCUUCCUCCUCCUCCUGACAUGGCACAGAGUAGCUCAUCUCUUGAUCUCUCUGUCUGAAAAGUUUAUCAUGUCUGUUGUUGGUUGAUCUAUUCUCACUGUGUUCUUAUGUCAGGGGAUUGUUGAGGUUUUUCUUCGAUUUGUUCCUAGGAGUCUGAUCUGUUGUUUUAGAUCUUUGCUAUUGUAUGAAGUUAACAAUUUAAUAUGAAUCUGGUAUCUUAUUUUCUUUGCUUUAGUUACUGCAUUGAUUAAUUAAUUAAUUUCUCGAAUAUAUCUCGAAGGAUAAACCUGUAUGGUGGAAUUGAUCUGAUCUCUCUAGUUUCAAAGAAAACCCAUCGAACAAGAAAGUGGCAUAGUUAAACUCACCUAGUCCCGAAUCAUAUGCAUCUUGGGGAGGCAUCUGCAGAAUCUUUGGGACCAUUUAGUGUCUCUUAACUAGGUAUGUUAACAUGGGUAAUUACCCAUGGGUUUAUCCAAACCCACUAAUAAUGGGUUGGGUUUUUACCCAUCUAAAAUUAAUUGGAUCAACCAUGAGUUUUAAUUUUAAAACCCAUAUUUAUGUUGGGUAAAUACAAAAGAGUAAUGGUGUACCCAUGGGUUUUCAAUUAUAUAUAUAGAUUUUUACCAUUUUAAUUAAAUUAUAUAAAAUUUGCAAAAACGUUU